AUGGAAAACUCAGAGGCGCCACCUCCACUGCAUCCAGGACCCAUCCGGCGUGCACCUGUACAUGCAGACCGGGCAGCUGGUCAAAGGGGGGAAUCACGCUGCCGGUGUUCAGGUGGGGCCGUGGUUCAACUUCGUUGGGAGUCGUUCCACCUGCAUCUGGACCGCUUCAUACCUGGCACUUCAGCCAGCGCGGCCCACUUUCAGGCCUAUCUGCUGGAAGGCCUGGCGCGGUGGAACGAGGACCGUGCGGCACAAGCAGUGGAGGAAGGAGACCGUGAUAUCGUCUGCUACAGUGGCCAACUCCAGCACUCCGUCAACGAGCUGAGCGACAUUGUAUAUCACAUGAAGCUGGUUGACGAUUACACCCGGCCUGCGAAGUACACUGGUGAGCUCAUAGAUAUCCAGUACCUAUUUUCGCAGACCGGUCGAGUGCUGGAGGAAGUGAUGGGCAGGGAUCCCGACGCUCCGGAUGGGACUGAUACAGACGACGACGAUGACAGUGUCGACGAGGGCUUCCAAGAGGACGAGGGGCCGGUACAGGAACCUCUGGACAACACCCUCUUCGGCCUUGAGGAGGACUUCGCCCGACAACCGUUGUCGUCUGACAAGUCCCAGUCGCGCCCUGCCAUUGGCACCUCAAAGUCUGGGCCAGCCGACCAGGACACCUCCCCUGCAGACGAGGCCACUCAAAGCGUGUCCCACGAGCUGAAUAGCCUUGGAACUGACACUGGCCCAGGUUACCAGCACGUGGUCAACCUGGCCUCCAGUCUCGUGAAGCUGCGUCACCAUCCCUACGUGACGCAGCAGCAAGUGGAGGAGAUCGUCACCCUCUGGGAACGAUUGCCGGAGGGCGACAAGGCCCCAGUUCGCUUUCCGCCACGCCACCAGGAAAGACUGGUGCAGGGGAGGUUCCGACGCAAGCACUCGCAAACCAGUGUCACACCGGGAGUGGAGAGCUUGCAAUGGUGUAUGGUCGGCCAAGGCGGCCAAGCCGCACAGAUGCCAAACAUCAGCCGCCUUGUGGAGGCCGUUUGUGUACAGCUGUCCAGGAAUCACCCCGAAGGAACCACCAUCAGCGGCGUGAGGGUGAACCGCUGGGCAGCUGUGAUGCGGGAUUACAUCUGCAUCCAGGAAAAUAUCCUCACAAAUCCGGUACUCGUGGCCCAGACACGUAUCCAGUUAUUCCCCCUCAAUCAGCGCACCCUGGCACAAUGGCACUACACUCGCACCAGGGAGCUGGUACGGCGGGCUCUGGAGAUGGCCGUGCCACUGUCAACCAGCUCGGCCCUUGCUUCACAGCCCACCCCUACCGUUCGACCACGACCCACGGGCCCCGAGCUGUCCGCUGCACAACCACUACAAUUCCAUAACCCGCCUGACGCAGCGACGUCGGGGCCCCGUGGAUGUGGCACCAGCCAUCAUUGGGCACCCCCCCGAGCCACAUGAAGCACCCGUCACCCAGCCACUCUCCCCCGCCGGCUGACACUGCCACUGCUCCGCUUCCAC